CAGACCGUAAAUUACUGCGGAGUGUCUCAAGAACAAGGAAAAAUGAAAAGAACGAAACCAUCCGCAAAGUCUACAAAGUUGCCCAGCGGCUCAAAAAACAUUGGUACUCAGACCGAAAAUAUUGAUAGUCUUCUGGAAGUUGCCAAGUUAGAAGAGCAAGUGAGAGUGCUGCAACUGGAAAAUAAUGUUCUGCGAAAACACGUGGGAAGCUCUAACAAGUCUGAUUACGUUGUACGUGGUCAGAGGCCACUUCCUCUCACUCCACGAGCAACAGCAACAGCUACAAUUAAUUACGUUGUACGUGGUCAGAGGCCACUUCCUCUCACUCCACGAGCAACAGCAACAGCUACAAUUAAAAGUCCAGUUGAGAAGUCUGGCUGUAGCUGUAAAGGGAGUUGUUCCUCACGAAUUUGUGGUUGCGUAAAGAAGAGCAACAAAUGUGCUCCACCAUGUAAAUGUGAUAUUAAAAUAUGUCAAAAUCAGAAACCACGUGACCAAGAAAACAAAGAAAAUGUUAAUAGAACUGAUAUGGAAACUCCUAAGAAACAAAAAGAGGAAAACGAAGCUGUUGGAAGAAUUAAAAACAAUAGGGGCUUGUUUAGUCCAGAGAUGAGAGAGCUUUACAAAGACCACCUCGAAGAAGGUCAAUUUAGUGAUAUUUGUUUUACUCCUAAGGAAAAGAACACACGUGCCAAGAACUCCCAAACAAAUGUAGAAAAUAUCAAUAAUGUGGAAUUGAAGAAAAAGAGAAGGGAGAAGAAAGAAGAGAACGAUAAAAAGCAGCCAGAAUCAACGGAAAAGGUAAUAUUUAAUCCAAUGAAACCAAGACAUGUAUUAUCACGGACACCACCAAACGGUAAGAAGCUUGAGAAAUCACUGGAGGUCGAGAACACAAUUCAGCCCCAAUUGCAUUCCGAGCCAGCUCAAAAAGUAGUUGAAGAUAUUAAAGAAGGAGAAGUCGAUUGGGAAGAGCACACCGCGCAAUUAAUUCCAUGUAAAAAAUGCAAGAGAACUUUUUUACCCAAUCGGAUCCAGAAACACGAAGCUUGCUGUAAAAAGGUUUAAAUAUUGACAAAACAAAAAUUGUUUAGACUUUUUUUUAACUCUUAACAUGUUGAUGACAUUCACUUUAUGAUUUUGAUUUAUGAUUUUGCGUUUAUCUUUUAAUUUUAUCUUCCAAGACAAUACAUGAAAUAACGUUAAAUAUAGUAUAAAAAUCGUGUGUGAUGACAUUCAUAGAUUGUUGUAAGUUAACAAUUUUCUGUAAAUAUAUUCUGAUUCUUGUAUGUAAAUCAAAUAGAUUUAGUAAUUUCGCGUAAAACCGAUCGUAUUUUAGUAGCAAGAAGUUAUUGAAUAUGUGAGAAACUUGCGAGUGGUUUGGCGAUGUUAAAAUAAUCCUUUGUAUUAUUUAUAUUUUUUAUGUGAUUUUGGGAAUAUGCUGCGCCACAAAUAAAUAUACAUUAUACAUACAUACAAAAAACGUAAUAAUUAUAAAAUAUGGAAUUAAUACAAUUCUAUCUUUAGAAACCUCUCUUAAUUCUUAAACUAAACUUCUAGUUUCAAAAGUUUUCUAAACUGAAUUCGUCCCUUUGUUCAGUUUUCAAGAUGUUUCAACCAUCGGAACAACAAGUACAUUUGUAAAUAUUAUUUUUUUUAAUUAAAAAUCGGAAAAAAGUGAUUAGAAAUGCUUAUCGAUAAUUAUUCAAAUUUAACCGCUUCUAGAACUCGGAAGUAGCGGCGCGGCGGUUGUGCGACUCGGGACAAUUUU